UUUAUUUUGUAAUUAAUUGUAAAAACUUAACUAAGAAUUUUAAAAAAUGGUAGAAGCUAGCAAAUUGCAGUCUGUGAGUCACAAUGAAAAAGACAAGCGCGUCAAAAUCCAGGUCGAGGGAGAAGCGGAGAUCGGUGAGGGAGAGAUGGGGAGGAGAAAAAUGAAAAGGUUCCACCUGCCCGAACUGCCGCGCUGGUGGCAACCUAAAGUUAUACAAUACGCCUUCGCGCACCCCCACGUCCGGGCGCGGCUGGAGAAGCACAUGGGCUCCAACCUGGUGCGGCUCACCGACAAGACCUAUAUGAACGAGCUGGAGGAGAGAAUACGGGCCGUCAAUGAGGAGAACCUCCACAAGAGAAUAUCUUCCAGAGUCCUUGAUGAAAUGGAACGGCUGAAACGUUUAAUCCUAGUCGGAAAGACGCCAUUGAAAGAAUGUCCUCCGGAGCUAUUUCACCACCCUGUGUUCGUGUUCUGGAGGAUGGUCAAUAGGGAAGUGGCCAGGGCGUCCAAGAAAAGGGCUGAUGCAUACUAUAGGAAACUGAAAGCUUCGCAGAAAAUUGAUCAGGGUAUCGACGAGGAGGUGGAGUCCGUAGCGACAGCUGAUGACGGGGAGCAGCUGACCCCGGAGCAGCUGCUGGCCAAGUGCCGGGAGGAGUUGGAGCUGAUGAAGCAGGUGGACAUCGAGCACGGCAUCCGCUUCACCGACGAGCAGUACUCACAACUCAAAUACGAAACCAAUGACGUCAAGACUUUGAAGAAUCUAACGACCGUUGAAGAAUUGUAUGCCCUGGCCGACAAAAUCAUUGGAACCAAAAAGCAGGACAUGAAACAGGCAGCGAAAGAAGCACAGCAACACAAAGAACAGCAGGAAGCAGUACAACAGGAUAAGGAACAGCAAGAUACAGCACAAAAAGAAAAAGACCAGCAAGGCAAAGUACAGCAGGAUUGAGUUCUGACAGUUAAACUGUGGAAGUAGAAUUUUUGUAAAUGAAAAGAUUUUCCAUAUUUUUAAGAGAUUCGUAGAUUUGAUUGUUUAAAACUUUUAAAAAAGCACAAUCUUCGAUCACUGACAAUAAGUAGUAAUGUGAUUUCAUUAAAAGUUUUAAUAUUA